CCCUGCAAGUCUAAGUGGUCGAGAAAUAGGAAAACAGAGACAUACUUCUGACAGACUGCAAACUUGUGACAGUGUGAAAAGUGCUCUCUUUAUGCUAGGGUGAAGGAGAGAAGACACGUUUUCAAGGAUGCUCAGGCGGGUGUGAGGCUUCUUUGGCGCAACGAUUGCGCACAGAAGUCAAAAAAGAAGAACACAAGAAGCAGACUGAAGCCCUUGGAUUAGCUUGAGCAAUCCAAGGAAAACAACAACAGCAUUUUCCUCCCACCAGGACUGGUUUAGAGGAAAACAAAAUCAAGAUGGCUGACGAAGAGGACACCAGGGAAGUGCUCUUUCAAGACUGGGAGGGCCCAGACAAAACUGGCUUGACCAUUGAACACACAAGUGGAGGAGAGCUCCUCGUCAAAGAGGUGAAAGGAGAGUCACCUGCAGCACGAUCUGGAAAAGUAUAUGAAGGCGAUCAGAUUGUGGGUGCAACUAUCUACUUUGAAAAUAUGAGCUCCGAAGAGACAGCAGAGUUACUGAAAACAUUGAACAAACACAAAGUUGGACUGAAACUACAAAACAAAGGAGACAAAUCCCCAUGCUACUCACCCUUGAGCACACCAUGUCGUUCUCCAAUGGGCACCCUCACAUGGGAAGGGAAGUCACAGUUUGGAGCAUCAAGUCCAGAAAUCAUUCUCAGUGGAGAUGAUGAGGACUACAAGAGAAUAUACACAAAGAAGAUUAAACCAAGGCUGAAGUCUGAAGAUCUUGCAGAAGGAGUGGAUGUUCGUACAGAGCGACACAGCAGCACUAGCAGUGAUGGCAGUACUAUUACAACCAUCACUCGCCGCAUCACUACUUACACAGUGGAUAUGCCAAGUGGGAUAGGUGAGAAACUAGAACUUUCAAGCCCAGACUUCAAGGGACAACGGCAUGAAUCUGGAGAUGGCUCUCCUCGUGUCAGAAUAUUGCAUGGCAGUCCUACAGUUAAAGGGGUGGGAGAAGAGGCUGUUUUUGAGUCAUGCAAUGUAACCUAUACUGGUCUAAAAGGUAGCUCAACAGAAACACAUACAAGUGGAGAUCAGUCAAAGACAAUUAUAAGAGAGGGAACAGAAAGAAGUAAGGACCUCAGAUUCAAAGGACCUAAGUUUGGAGUUAUAGGUCACGAGGGCACUAAAAUCUUAAGAGAAAGUGAAGAACAGACAGCUGGAAGCACAGAUGAGUCUGAAAAACAGACUACAUCCGGUGAAAGUAAAAGCACUUUUAUAAAGGUUGUUACAGUAGGAGGGUCAGCAGAUGCAGAAUUAACCACAAAUGAUGAAAACAAAAGAUCAGCUAGUCUGUCUGUGUCACAAGAAGACAUUAAGUUCCAGAGACCAUCUGGAGACACAUCCCUCCACCUGAACAAGGGAUCAAGUUAUUUUGAUGUUAAAACGAUUGGAAAUUCUGCUGAUUCUGGAACGGUAUCACUUGUUACAGAAACUAAUGCCAACACUGGUUAUUCUUCACAUCCAGACAGAAAUUUAUUGACAAGUAGCCAAACUAGUCUUCCAAGUGCAAAGCCAAAAAGUGGAGAAAAAGAUGAGGGAGUUCCAGCAGCAACGAAAGUAGGGUUUAGAUGUCCUGAUAUAAACACUGAAAGAAAAGAAGGUGAUUUAAAAUUACCACUUAUAAACACAUCAUCAUUAAAGACCACUAGUCAAGGCAGCUCAGAAGAGGCCAUUAAAUAUCAAAAAAUGGAUUCAGACAUUGAUAGAUCUCAGGUAACUGACAGUGAUGGCUUUCAUUACAAAACACGAAUCAUAACAGAGAUAGACACGAGAAGUAAAGGUAAAGCAAACAUGUCAGAUUCAAAGGUAGGAGUUGAUGUAAGAAUGCCUGAGAUGAAUCUGAACUUGAAAGGUUCAACAAUCAAAGGUAAUGUGGAUGUAGAAAGUGUAAGGAUAGCAGAAGCCGACAAAAAAGAGUUUGAGUCAAAGCGCAGAUUUCCAUUAUCCCAAAUUGAAACGCUAUCAGUUAACAACAAAGACCAAAAAGUUGAUGUGAGAGGGAAAAGUUGUAAAACUGAAAACGAUAUGGACAUUACAGAGCAAAACAUAAACAAAGAUGUAAAAAAAUAUGCGGAAGUGGAGGCAUCAGUCCAAACAAUACCCAGCAAAUCGGGAACAAAAAUGUCCAUGCCAGACGUAGAUAUCAACUUGAAAGGCUCAAAACAAAAAGGUCACAUGGAUGUUUCGCUCCCAAAGAUAAAAACAGAUAUCAAAUCACAUAAAAUUGACAUCAAGGGCCCAGAAGUUGAAGUUGAAGGACGAAAGGGAGAAAUUAAAAUGCCUGAAAUAAAAAUGCCCACAGUAAAUUUGAAAGAUCCAAAGGUUAACAUUGACUUCCCUAAGGCACAUACAAAUGUGAAAGCACCUGAUGUUGAUAUUAAAGGACCAGAUGCAAAUCUGAAAGGGUCCAAAUUCAACAUGCCAAGAAUAACUGGACUAGAAAAAUCCAUGCAAGAUGUGGAUUUCAACUUGAAAGGCCCAAAAGUCAAAGGUGACGUGGAUAUUUCCAGUCCAAAAAUGAAAGGGGAUAUCAAAUCACCUGAAAUUGACAUCAAAGGUCCAGAAGUUGAUAUUGAAGGGACAAAGGGAGGACUUGAAAUGCCAAAAAUAAAAAUGUCUUCACUGAAUUUGAAAGGUCCAGAGGUUGAUGUGUCAGAUGCUAAUCUAAAUCUGAAAGGACCUAAAGUAACAGGAGAUGUAGAUGUUAAGUUGCCAAAGAUUAAAGGAGAAUUUAAAGGUCCAGAUGUGGACAUUGAAGGCCCAGAUGUUGACAUAGAGGGUCACAAAGGUGGACUGAAAAUGCAGAAGUUCAAGAUGCCCUCAUUCGGGAAUAAAGGACCCAGAGACAAAGAUCCAGAUGUUGACAUCAACCUCCCAAAAGCAGAUAUUGAUGUGAAAGCACCGGAUGUUGAAAUUGAAGGAGCAGAUCUUGACAUUAAGGGACCAGAUGCAAAUCUCAAAGGGUCCAAAUUCAACAUGCCCACCAUAUCUGGACCAAAAAUAUCCAUGCCAGAUGUGGAUUUCAACUUGAAAGGCUCAAAACUCAAGGGUGACAUGGAUGUUUCAGGUCCAAAGAUCAAAGGAGAUAUCAAAUCACCUAGAAUUGACAUCAAAGGUUCAGAAGUUGAUGUUGAAGGACAAAAGGGAGGAUUUGAAAUGCCCAAAAUAAAAAUGCCUUCACUGAAUUUGAAAGGUCCAAAGGUUGAUGUUCCAGAUGUUAAUCUUAAUCUGAAAGGCCCGAAAGUUCAAGGGGAUGUGGAUGUUAAUCUGACAAACAUUGAAGGAGAUCUAAAAGGUCCAGAGGUGGAGAUUGAAGGUGCAGACAUUGACAUGGAAGGUCAAAAAGGUGGGCUAAGAAUGCCUAAAUUUAAGAUACCUUCAUUUGGAUUGAGAGGCCCCAAAGUGGAAGGUCCAGAUGUUCACAUCAACCUCCCCAAGGCAGACAUUAACGUGAAAGCACCUGAGGUUGACUUUGAAGUAGCAGACGUUGACAUGAAGGGACCAAAUGCCAAACAGAAAGGCCCCAAAUUCAACAUGCCAAGCAUAUCUGGACCAAACAUAUCCAUGCCAGAUAUGGAUUUCAAUUUGAAAGGCCCAAAACUCAAAGGUGACAUGGAUGUUUCAGGUCCAAAAGUAACGGGUGAUAUCAAAUCACCCAAAAUUGACAUCAAAGGUCCAGAAGCAGAUAUUGAAGCACCAACAGGAGGAUUUGAAAUGCCAAAAAUGACAAUGCCUUCACUAAAUUUGAAAGGUCCAAAAGUUGAUAUGACUGAUGUUGACAUUAAUCUGAAAGGUCCUAAGGCUGAAGGGGACGUGGAUGUUAAAAUGCCAAAGAUAAAAGGAGAUCUGAAAGGUCCAGAGGUGGAUAUUGAAGGCCCAGAUUUUGACAUUGAGGGUCACAAAGGUGGUUUCAAAAUGCCUAAAUUCAAGAUGCCCUCCAUUGGUAUGAAAGGCCCCAAAGCGGAAGGACCAGGUGUUGACAUCAACAUCCCCAAGGCAGAUAUUGAUGUGAAAGCACCAGAUGUUGAUAUUGAAGGAGCAGACCUUGACAUUAAAGGACCAAAUGCCAAACUGAAAGGUCCCAAAUUCAACAUGCCAAGCAUAUCUGGACCAAAAAUAUCCAUGCCAGAUGUGGAUUUGAACUUGAAAGGCCCCAAACUGAAAGGUGACAUGGAUGUGUCAGGUCCUAAGUUCAAAGGAGAUAUCAAAUCACCUCAAAUAGACAUCAAAGGUCCAGAAGUUGAUAUUGAAGGACCAAAGGGAGGAUUUGAAAUGCCUAAAAUAAAAAUGCCAUCACAAAAUUUGAAAGGUCCAAAAGUUGAUAUGCCAGAUGUUGACAUUAAUCUGAAAGGUCCCAAGGUUGAGGGGGACAUGGAUGUUAACCUGCCAAAGAUUAAAAGAGAUCUAAAAGGUCCAGAGGUGGACAUUGAAGGCCCAGACGUUGAAAUUGAAGGUCCCAAGGGUGGACUAAAAAUGCCUAAAUUUAAGAUGCCCUCAUUUGGUUCAAAGGGUGCCAAACUAGAGGGUCCAGAUGUUGGCAUCAACCUCCCUAAGGCAGAUAUUGAUGUGAAAGCACCAGAUGUUAAUAUUGAAGGAGCAGACCUUGACAUUAAGGGACCAAAUGCCAAACUGAAAGGUCCCAAAUUCAACAUGCCAAGCAUAUCUGGACCAAAGAUAUCCAUGCCAGAUGUGGAUUUCAACUUGAAAGGCCCAAAACUCAAAGGUGACAUGGAUGUUUCAGGUCCAAAGGUCAAAGGAGAUAUCAAAUCACCUCAAAUAGACAUCAAAGGUCCAGAAGUUGAUAUUGAAGAACCAAAGGGAGGAUUUGAAAUGCCAAAAAUAAAAAUGCCAUCACUAAAUUUGAAAGGUCCAAAAGUUGAUGUUCCAGAUGUUGACAUUAAUCUGAAAGGUCCUAAGGAUGAAGGGGAUCUGGAUAUUAAAAUGCCAAAGACUAAAGGAGAUCUGAAAGGUCCAGAGGUGGAUAUUGAAGGCCCAGACGUUGACAUUGAGGGCAGUAAGGGUGGACUGAAAAUGCCUAAAUUCAAGAUGCCCUCAUUUGGUUCAAAGGGUGCAAAACUAGAAGGUCCAGAUGUUGACAUCAACCUCCCUAAGGCAGAUAUUGAUGUGAAAGCACCAGAUGUUGAUAUUGAAGGAGGAGACCUUGACAUUAAGGGACCGAAUGCCAAACUGAAAGGUCCCAAAUUCAACAUGCCAAGCAUAUCUGGACCAAAAAUAUCCAUGCCAGAUGUGGAUUUCAACUUGAAAGGCCCCAAACUCAAAGGUGACAUGGAUGUUUCAAGUCCAAAGAUCAAAGGAGAUAUCAAAUCACCUCUAAUAGACAUCAAAGGUCCAGAAGUUGAUAUUGAAGGACCAAAGGGAGGAUUUGAAAUGCCUAAAAUAAAAAUGCCAUCACUAAAUUUGAAAGGUCCAAAAGUUGAUAUGCCAGAUGUUGACAUUAAUCUGAAAGGUCCUAAGGUUGAAGGGGACUUGGAUGUUAAUGUGCCAAAGAUUAAAGGAGAUCUGAAAGGUCCAGAGGUGGAUAUUGAAGGCCCAGGUUUUGACAUUGAGGGUCACAAAGGUGGUUUCAAAAUGCCUAAAUUCAAGAUGCCGUCAUUUGGUACGAAAGGUCCCAAAGCGGAAGGUCCAGAUGUUGACAUCAACCUCCCCAAGGCAGAUAUUGAUGUGAAAGCACCUGAGGUUGAUAUUGAAGGAGCAGACCUUGAUGUUAAGGGACCAAAUGCCAAACUGAAAGGGCCCAAAUUCAACAUGCCAAGCAUAUCUGGACCAAAAAUAUCCAUGCCAGAUGUGGAUUUCAACCUGAAAGGCUCCAAACUCAAAGGUGACAUGGAUGUUUCAGGUCCAAAGAUCAAAGGAGAUAUCAAAUCACCUCAAAUAGACAUCAAAGGUCCAGAAGUUGAUAUUGAAGGACCAAAGGGAGGAUUUGAAAUGCCUAAAAUAAAAAUGCCAUCACUAAAUUUGAAAGGUCCAAAAGUUGACAUGCCAGAUGUUGACAUAAAUCUGAAAGGUCCUAAGGUUGAAGGGGAUCUGGAUGUUAAUCUGCCAAAGAUUAAAGGAGAUCUGAAAGGACCAGAGGUGGAUAUUGAAGGCCCAGAUUUUGACAUUGAGGGUCACAAAGGUGGUUUCAAAAUGCCUAAAUUCAAGAUGCCGUCAUUUGGUAUGAAAGGUCCCAAAGCGGAAGGUCCAGAUGUUGACAUCAACCUCCCCAAGGCAGAUAUUGAUGUGAAAGCACCUGAGGUUGAUAUUGAAGGAGGAGACCUUGACAUUAAGGGACCAAAUGCCAAACUGAAAGGUCCCAAAUUCAACAUGCCAAGCAUAUCUGGACCGAAAAUAUCCAUGCCAGAUGUGGAUUUCAAUUUGAAAGGCCCAAAACUCAAAGGUGACAUGGAUGUUUCAGGUCCAAAGAUCAAAGGAGAUAUCAAAUCACCUCAAAUAGACAUCAAAGGUCCAGAAGUUGAUAUUGAAGGAACAAAGGGAGGAUUUGAAAUGCCUAAAAUAAAAAUGCCUUCACUAAAUUUGAAAGGUCCAAAGGUUGAUAUCCCAGAUGUUGACAUUAAUCUGAAAGGUCCUAAGGUUGAAGGGGACGUGGAUGUUAAUCUGCCAAAGAUUAAAGGAGAUCUGAAAGGACCAGAGGUGGAUAUUGAAGGCCCAGAUUUUGACAUUGAGGGUCACAAAGGUGGUUUCAAAAUGCCUAAAUUCAAGAUGCCGUCAUUUGGUACCAAAGGUCCAAAUGUGGAAGGUCCAGAUGUUGACAUCAACCUCCCCAAGGCAGAUAUUGAUGUAAAAGCACCUGAGGUUGAUAUUGAAGGAGCAGACCUUGACAUUAAGGGACCAAAUGCCAAACUGAAAGGUCCCAAAUUCAACAUGCCAAGCAUAUCUGGACCGAAAAUAUCCAUGCCAGAUGUGGAUUUCAAUUUGAAAGGACCAAAACUCAAAGGUGACAUGGAUGUUUCAGGUCCAAAGAUCAAAGGAGAUAUCAAAUCACCUCAAAUAGACAUCAAAGGUCCAGAAGUUGAUAUUGAAGGACCAAAGGGAGGAUUUGAAAUGCCUAAAAUAAAAAUGCCAUCACUAAAUUUGAAAGGUCCAAAGGUUGAUAUCCCAGAUGUUGACAUUAAUCUGAAAGGCCCUAAGGUUGAAGGGGACGUGGAUGUUAAUCUGCCAAAGAUUAAAGGAGAUCUGAAAGGACCAGAGGUGGAUAUUGAAGGCCCAGAUUUUGACAUUGAAGGUCACAAAGGUGGUUUCAAAAUGCCUAAAUUCAAGAUGCCGUCAUUUGGUACGAAAGGUCCCAAAGCGGAAGGUCCAGAUGUUGACAUCAACCUCCCCAAGGCAGAUAUUGAUGUGAAAGCACCUGAGGUUGAUAUUGAAGGAGCAGACCUUGAUGUUAAGGGACCAAAUGCCAAACUGAAAGGGCCCAAAUUCAACAUGCCAAGCAUAUCUGGACCAAAAAUAUCCAUGCCAGAUGUGGAUUUCAACUUGAAAGGCCCCAAACUCAAAGGUGACAUGGAUGUUUCAAGUCCAAAGAUCAAAGGAGAUAUCAAAUCACCUCAAAUAGACAUCAAAGGUCCAGAAGUUGAUAUUGAAGGACCAAAGGGAGGAUUUGAAAUGCCUAAAGUAAAAAUGCCAUCACUAAAUUUGAAAGGUCCAAAAGUUGACAUGCCAACUGUUGACAUAAAUCUAAAAGGUCCUAAGGUUGAAGGGGAUCUGGAUGUUGAUCUGCCAAAGAUUAAAGGAGAUCUGAAAGGUCCAGAGGUGGAUAUUGAAGGCCCAGGUUUUGACAUUGAGGGUCACAAAGGUGGUUUCAAAAUGCCUAAAUUCAAGAUGCCGUCAUUUGGUACGAAAGGUCCCAAAGCGGAAGGUCCAGAUGUUGACAUCAACCUCCCCAAGGCAGAUAUUGAUGUGAAAGCACCUGAGGUUGAUAUUGAAGGAGCAGACCUUGAUGUUAAGGGACCAAAUGCCAAACUGAAAGGGCCCAAAUUCAACAUGCCAAGCAUAUCUGGACCAAAAAUAUCCAUGCCAGAUGUGGAUUUCAACCUGAAAGGCUCCAAACUCAAAGGUGACAUGGAUGUUUCAGGUCCAAAGAUCAAAGGAGAUAUCAAAUCACCUCAAAUAGACAUCAAAGGUCCAGAAGUUGAUAUUGAAGGACCAAAGGGAGGAUUUGAAAUGCCUAAAAUAAAAAUGUCAUCACUAAAUUUGAAAGGUCAAAAAGUUGACAUGCCAGAUGUUGACAUAAAUCUGAAAGGUCCUAAGGUUGAAGGGGAUCUGGAUGUUAAUCUGCCAAAGAUUAAAGGAGAUCUGAAAGGACCAGAGGUGGAUAUUGAAGGCCCAGAUUUUGACAUUGAGGGUCACAAAGGUGGUUUCAAAAUGCCUAAAUUCAAGAUGCCGUCAUUUGGUAUGAAAGGUCCCAAAGCGGAAGGUCCAGAUGUUGACAUCAACCUCCCCAAGGCAGAUAUUGAUGUGAAAGCACCUGAGGUUGAUAUUGAAGGAGGAGACCUUGACAUUAAGGGACCAAAUGCCAAACUGAAAGGUCCCAAAUUCAACAUGCCAAGCAUAUCUGGACCUAAAAUAUCCAUGCCAGAUGUGGAUUUCAAUUUGAAAGGCCCAAAACUCAAAGGUGACAUGGAUGUUUCAGGUCCAAAGAUCAAAGGAGAUAUCAAAUCACCUCAAAUAGACAUCAAAGGUCCAGAAGUUGAUAUUGAAGGAACAAAGGGAGGAUUUGAAAUGCCUAAAAUAAAAAUGCCUUCACUAAAUUUGAAAGGUCCAAAGGUUGAUAUCCCAGAUGUUGACAUUAAUCUGAAAGGUCCUAAGGUUGAAGGGGACGUGGAUGUUAAUCUGCCAAAGAUUAAAGGAGAUCUGAAAGGACCAGAGGUGGAUAUUGAAGGCCCAGAUUUUGACAUUGAGGGUCACAAAGGUGGUUUCAAAAUGCCUAAAUUCAAGAUGCCGUCAUUUGGUACCAAAGGUCCAAAUGCGGAAGGUCCAGAUGUUGACAUCAACCUCCCCAAGGCAGAUAUUGAUGUAAAAGCACCUGAGGUUGAUAUUGAAGGAGCAGACCUUGACAUUAAGGGACCAAAUGCCAAACUGAAAGGUCCCAAAUUCAACAUGCCAAGCAUAUCUGGACCGAAAAUAUCCAUGCCAGAUGUGGAUUUCAAUUUGAAAGGACCAAAACUCAAAGGUGACAUGGAUGUUUCAGGUCCAAAGAUCAAAGGAGAUAUCAAAUCACCUCAAAUAGACAUCAAAGGUCCAGAAGUUGAUAUUGAAGGACCAAAGGGAGGAUUUGAAAUGCCUAAAAUAAAAAUGCCUUCACUAAAUUUGAAAGGUCCAAAGGUUGAUAUCCCAGAUGUUGACAUUAAUCUGAAAGGCCCUAAGGUUGAAGGGGACGUGGAUGUUAAUCUGCCAAAGAUUAAAGGAGAUCUGAAAGGACCAGAGGUGGAUAUUGAAGGCCCAGAUUUUGACAUUGAAGGUCACAAAGGUGGUUUCAAAAUGCCUAAAUUCAAGAUGCCGUCAUUUGGUACGAAAGGUCCCAAAGCGGAAGGUCCAGAUGUUGACAUCAACCUCCCCAAGGCAGAUAUUGAUGUGAAAGCACCUGAGGUUGAUAUUGAAGGAGCAGACCUUGAUGUUAAGGGACCAAAUGCCAAACUGAAAGGUCCCAAAUUCAACAUGCCAAGCAUAUCUGGACCAAAAAUAUCCAUGCCAGAUGUGGAUUUCAACUUGAAAGGCCCCAAACUCAAAGGUGACAUGGAUGUUUCAAGUCCAAAGAUCAAAGGAGAUAUCAAAUCACCUCAAAUAGACAUCAAAGGUCCAGAAGUUGAUAUUGAAGGACCAAAGGGAGGAUUUGAAAUGCCUAAAAUAAAAAUGCCAUCACUAAAUUUGAAAGGUCCAAAAGUUGAUAUGCCAGAUGUUGACAUUAAUCUGAAAGGUCCUAAGGUUGAAGGGGACGUGGAUGUUAAUCUGCCAAAGAUUAAAGGAGAUCUAAAAGGUCCAGAGGUGGACAUUGAAGGCCCAGAUUUUGACAUUGAGGGUCACAAAGGUGGUUUCAAAAUGCCUAAAUUCAAGAUGCCCUCAUUUGGUUCAAAGGGUGCCAAACUAGAAGGUCCAGAUGUUGACAUCAACUUACCCAAGGCAGAAAUUGAUGUGAAAGCACCAGAUGUUGAUAUUGAAGGGGCUGACCUUGACAUUAAGGGACCAAAUGCCAAACUGAAAGGUCCCAAAUUCAACAUGCCAAGCAUAUCUGGACCAAAGAUAUCCAUGCCAGAUGUGGAUUUCAACUUGAAAGGCCCAAAACUCAAAGGUGACAUGGAUGUUUCAAGUCCAAAGAUCAAAGGAGAUAUCAAAUCACCUCAAAUAGACAUCAAAGGUCCAGAAGUUGAUAUUGAAGGACCAAAGGGAGGAUUUGAAAUGCCUAAAAUAAAAAUGCCAUCACUAAAUUUGAAAGGUCCAAAAGUUGAUAUGCCAGAUGUUGACAUUAAUCUGAAAGGUCCCAAGGUUGAAGGGGACGUGGAUAUUAAAAUGCCAAAGAUUAAAGGAGAUCUAAAAGGUCCAGAGGUGGACAUUGAAGGCCCAGACGUUGAAAUUGAAGGUCCCAAGGGUGGACUAAAAAUGCCUAAAUUCAAGAUGCCCUCAUUUGGUUCAAAGGGUGCCAAACUAGAAGGUCCAGAUGUUGACAUCAACAUACCCAAGCCAGAUAUUGAUGAGAAAGCACCAGAUAUUGAUAUCGAAGGAGCAGACCUUGACAUUAAGGGACCAAAUGCCAAACUGAAAGGUCCCAAAUUCAACAUGCCAAGCAUAUCUGGACCAAAGAUAUCCAUGCCAGAUGUGGAUUUCAACUUGAAAGGCCCAAAACUCAAAGGUGACAUGGAUGUUUCAGGUCCAAAGAUCAAAGGAGAUAUCAAAUCACCUCAAAUAGACAUCAAAGGUCCAGAAGUUGAUAUUGAAGGACCAAAGGGAGGAUUUGAAAUGCCUAAAAUAAAAAUGCCAUCACUAAAUUUGAAAGGUCCAAAAGUUGAUAUGCCAGAUGUUGACAUUAAUCUGAAAGGUCCCAAGGUUGAAGGGGACGUGGAUAUUAAUAUGCCAAAGAUUAAAGGAGAUCUAAAAGGUCCAGAGGUGGACAUUGAAGGCCCAGACGUUGAAAUUGAAGGUCCCAAGGGUGGACUAAAAAUGCCUAAAUUCAAGAUGCCCUCAUUUGGUUCAAAGGGUGCCAAACUAGAAGGUCCAGAUGUUGACAUCAACAUACCCAAGCCAGAUAUUGAUGAGAAAGCACCAGAUAUUGAUAUCGAAGGAGCAGACCUUGACAUUAAGGGACCAAAUGCCAAACUGAAAGGUCCCAAAUUCAACAUGCCAAGCAUAUCUGGACCAAAAAUAUCCAUGCCAGAUGUGGAUUUCAACUUGAAAGGCCCAAAACUCAAAGGUGACAUGGAUGUUUCAGUUCCAAAGAUCAAAGGAGAUAUCAAAUCACCUCAAAUAGACAUCAAAGGUCCAGAAGUUGAUAUUGAAGGACCAAAGGGAGGAUUUGAAAUGCCUAAAAUAAAAAUGCCUUCACUAAAUUUGAAAGGUCCAAAAGUUGACAUGCCAGAUGUUGACAUAAAUCUGAAAGGUCCUAAGGUUGAAGGGGACGUGGAUGUUAAUCUGCCAAAGAUUAAAGGAGAUCUGAAAGGACCAGAGGUGGAUAUUGAAGGCCCAGACGUUGACAUUGAGGUGCACAAAAGUGGGUUCAAGAUGCCUAAAUUCAAGAUGCCAUCAUUUGGUUUUAAAGGAUCUAAAGCAGAUGCUGCUGAUGUUGAUGUCAAUCUUCCUAAAUCAAAUAUUGACAUAAAAGCUGCAGAUUUAAACAUAAAAGGAAAAGAUGUUGCGGUUGAGGGAUCAAACAUAAAAGUCAAAGGAAAGAAAUUCAGAAUGCCAAAGAUUACAAGUCCAAAAGUUUCUGUGCCAGAUAUUGAUAUGAAAACACCUGAGGUUAAUACAGAAAAAGCAGACAUUGACAUCAAGGGACCUAAUGCCAAACUGAAAGGUCCCAAAUUCAACAUGCCAAGCAUAUCUGGACCAAAAAUAUCCAUGCCAGAUGUGGAUUUCAACUUGAAAGGCCCCAAACUCAAAGGUGACAUGGAUGUUUCAGGUCCAAAGAUCAAAGGAGAUAUCAAAUCACCUCAAAUAGACAUCAAAGGUCCAGAAGUUGAUAUUGAAGGACCAAAGGGAGGAUUUGAAAUGCCUAAAAUAAAUAUGCCUUCAGUAAAUUUGAAAGGUCCAAAAGUUGACAUGCCAGAUGUUGACAUAAAUUUGAAAGGUCCUAUGGUUGAAGGGGACGUGGAUGUUAAUCUGCCAAAGAUAAAAGGAGAUCUAAAAGGUCCAGAGGUGGAUAUUGAAGGUCCAGAUUUUGACAUUGAGGGUCACAAAGGUGGUUUCAAAAUGCCUAAAUUCAAGAUGCCGUCAUUUGGUAUGAAAGGUCCCAAAGGGGAAGGUCCAGAUGUUGACAUCAACAUCCCCAAGGCAGAUAUUGAUGUGAAAGCACCUGAGGUUGAUAUUGAAGGAGCAGACUUUGACAUUAAGGGACCAAAUGCCAAACUGAAAGGUCCCAAAUUCAACAUGCCAAGCAUAUCUGGACCAAAAAUAUCCAUGCCAGAUGUGGAUUUCAAUUUGAAAGGCCCAAAACUCAAAGGUGACAUGGAUGUUUCAGGUCCAAAGAUCAAAGGAGAUAUCAAAUCACCUCAAAUAGACAUCAAAGGUCCAGAAGUUGAUAUGGAAGGACCAAAGGGAGGAUUUGAAAUGCCUAAAAUAAAAAUGCCUUCACUAAGUUUGAAAGGUCCAAAAGUUGAUAUUCCAGAUGUUGACAUUAAUCUGAAAGGUCCUAUGGUUGAAGGGGACGUGGAUGUUAAUCUGCCAAAGAUAAAAGGAGAUCUAAAAGGUCCAGAGGUGGACAUUGAAGGCCCAGACAUUGACAUUGAGGGUCCAAAAGGAGGACUGAAAAUGCCUAAAUUCAAGAUGCCUUCAUUUGGUAUUAAAGUCCCCAAAUUAGAAGGUCCAGAUGUUGACAUCAACCUCCCAAAGGCAGAUAUUGAUGUGAAAGCACCAGAUGUUGAUAUCGAAGGAGCAGAUCUUGACAUGAAGGGACCAAAUGCCAAACUGAAAGGUCCCAAAUUCAACAUGCCAAGCAUAUCUGGACCAAAAAUAUCCAUGCCAGAUGUGGAUUUCAAUUUGAAAGGACCAAAACUCAAAGGUGACAUGGAUGUUUCAGGUCCAAAGAUCAAAGGAGAUAUCAAAUCACCUCAAAUAGACAUCAAAGGUCCAGAAGUUGAUAUUGAAGGACCAAAGGGAGGAUUUGAAAUGCCUAAAAUAAAAAUGCCUUCACUAAAUUUGAAAGGUCCAAAGGUUGAUAUCCCAGAUGUUGACAUUAAUCUGAAAGGCCCUAAGGUUGAAGGGGACGUGGAUGUUAAUCUGCCAAAGAUUAAAGGAGAUCUGAAAGGACCAGAGGUGGAUAUUGAAGGCCCAGAUUUUGACAUUGAGGGUCACAAAGGUGGUUUCAAAAUGCCUAAAUUCAAGAUGCCGUCAUUUGGUACCAAAGGUCCAAAUGCGGAAGGUCCAGAUGUUGACAUCAACCUCCCCAAGGCAGAUAUUGAUGUAAAAGCACCUGAGGUUGAUAUUGAAGGAGCAGACCUUGACAUUAAGGGACCAAAUGCCAAACUGAAAGGUCCCAAAUUCAACAUGCCAAGCAUAUCUGGACCGAAAAUAUCCAUGCCAGAUGUGGAUUUCAAUUUGAAAGGACCAAAACUCAAAGGUGACAUGGAUGUUUCAGGUCCAAAGAUCAAAGGAGAUAUCAAAUCACCUCAAAUAGACAUCAAAGGUCCAGAAGUUGAUAUUGAAGGACCAAAGGGAGGAUUUGAAAUGCCUAAAAUAAAAAUGCCAUCACUAAAUUUGAAAGGUCCAAAAGUUGAUAUGCCAGAUGUUGACAUUAAUCUGAAAGGUCCCAAGGUUGAAGGGGAUGUGGAUAUUAAAAUGCCAAAGAUUAAAGGAGAUCUAAAAGGUCCAGAGGUGGACAUUGAAGUCCCAGACGUUGAAAUUGAAGGUCCCAAGGGUGGACUAAAAAUGCCUAAAUUCAAGAUGCCCUCAUUUGGUUCAAAGGGUGCCAAACUAGAAGGUCCAGAUGUUGACAUCAACUUACCCAAGGCAGAAAUUGAUGUGAAAGCACCAGAUGUUGAUAUUGAAGGGGCUGACCUUGACAUUAAGGGACCAAAUGCCAAACUGAAAGGUCCCAAAUUCAACAUGCCAAGCAUAUCUGGACCAAAGAUAUCCAUGCCAGAUGUGGAUUUCAACUUGAAAGGCCCAAAACUCAAAGGUGACAUGGAUGUUUCAGGUCCAAAGAUCAAAGGAGAUAUCAAAUCACCUCAAAUAGACAUCAAAGGUCCAGAAGUUGAUAUUGAAGGACCAAAGGGAGGAUUUGAAAUGCCUAAAAUAAAAAUGCCAUCACUAAAUUUGAAAGGUCCAAAAGUUGAUAUGCCAGAUGUUGACGUUAAUCUGAAAGGUCCUAAGAUGGAAGGGGAUGUGGAUGUUAAUCUGCCAAAGAUUAAAGGAGAUCUGAAAGGUCCAGAGGUGAAUAUUGAAGGCCCAGAUUUUGACAUUGAAGGUCACAAAGGUGGUUUCAAAAUGCCUAAAUUCAAGAUGCCGUCAUUUGGUAUGAAAGGUCCCAAAGUCGAAGGUCCAGAUGUUGACAUCAACAUCCCCAAGGCAGAUAUUGAUGUGAAAGCACCAGAGGUUGAUAUUGAAGGAGCAGACCUUGACAUUAAGGGACCAAAUGCCAAACUGAAAGGUCCCAAAUUCAACAUGCCAAGCAUAUCUGGACCAAAAAUAUCCAUGCCAGAUGUGGAUUUCAACUUGAAAGGCCCCAAACUCAAAGGUGACAUGGAUGUUUCAAGUCCAAAGAUCAAAGGAGAUAUCAAAUCACCUCAAAUAGACAUCAAAGGUCCAGAAGUUGAUAUUGAAGGACCAAAGGGAGGAUUUGAAAUGCCUAAAAUAAAAAUGCCAUCACUAAAUUUGAAAGGUCCAAAAGUUGAUAUGCCAGAUGUUGACAUUAAUCUGAAAGGCCCUAAGGUUGAAGGGGACGUGGAUGUUAAUCUGCCAAAGAUUAAAGGAGAUCUGAAAGGACCAGAGGUGGAUAUUGAAGGCCCAGAUUUUGACAUUGAGGGUCACAAAGGUGGUUUCAAAAUGCCUAAAUUCAAGAUGCCGUCAUUUGGUACCAAAGGUCCAAAUGCGGAAGGUCCAGAUGUUGACAUCAACCUCCCCAAGGCAGAUAUUGAUGUAAAAGCACCUGAGGUUGAUAUUGAAGGAGCAGACCUUGACAUUAAGGGACCAAAUGCCAAACUGAAAGGUCCCAAAUUCAACAUGCCAAGCAUAUCUGGACCGAAAAUAUCCAUGCCAGAUGUGGAUUUCAAUUUGAAAGGACCAAAACUCAAAGGUGACAUGGAUGUUUCAGGUCCAAAGAUCAAAGGAGAUAUCAAAUCACCUCAAAUAGACAUCAAAGGUCCAGAAGUUGAUAUUGAAGGACCAAAGGGAGGAUUUGAAAUGCCUAAAAUAAAAAUGCCAUCACUAAAUUUGAAAGGUCCAAAAGUUGAUAUGCCAGAUGUUGACAUUAAUCUGAAAGGUCCCAAGGUUGAAGGGGACGUGGAUAUUAAAAUGCCAAAGAUUAAAGGAGAUCUAAAAGGUCCAGAGGUGGACAUUGAAGGCCCAGACGUUGAAAUUGAAGGUCCCAAGGGUGGACUAAAAAUGCCUAAAUUCAAGAUGCCCUCAUUUGGUUCAAAGGGUGCCAAACUAGAAGGUCCAGAUGUUGACAUCAACUUACCCAAGGCAGAAAUUGAUGUGAAAGCACCAGAUGUUGAUAUUGAAGGGGCUGACCUUGACAUUAAGGGACCAAAUGCCAAACUGAAAGGUCCCAAAUUCAACAUGCCAAGCAUAUCUGGACCAAAGAUAUCCAUGCCAGAUGUGGAUUUCAACUUGAAAGGCCCAAAACUCAAAGGUGACAUGGAUGUUUCAGGUCCAAAGAUCAAAGGAGAUAUCAAAUCACCUCAAAUAGACAUCAAAGGUCCAGAAGUUGAUAUAGAAGGACCAAAGGGAGGAUUUGAAAUGCCUAAAAUAAAAAUGCCAUCACUAAAUUUGAAAGGUCCAAAAGUUGAUAUGCCAGAUGUUGACGUUAAUCUGAAAGGUCCUAAGAUGGAAGGGGAUGUGGAUGUUAAUCUGCCAAAGAUUAAAGGAGAUCUGAAAGGUCCAGAGGUGAAUAUUGAAGGCCCAGAUUUUGACAUUGAGGGUCACAAAGGUGGUUUCAAAAUGCCUAAAUUCAAGAUGCCGUCAUUUGGUAUGAAAGGUCCCAAAGUCGAAGGUCCAGAUGUUGACAUCAACAUCCCCAAGGCAGAUAUUGAUGUGAAAGCACCAGAGGUUGAUAUUGAAGGAGCAGACCUUGACAUUAAAGGACCAAAUGCCAAACUGAAAGGUCCCAAAUUCAACAUGCCAAGCAUAUCUGGACCAAAAAUAUCCAUGCCAGAUGUGGAUUUCAACUUGAAAGGCCCCAAACUCAAAGGUGACAUGGAUGUUUCAAGUCCAAAGAUCAAAGGAGAUAUCAAAUCACCUCAAAUAGACAUCAAAGGUCCAGAAGUUGAUAUUGAAGGACCAAAGGGAGGAUUUGAAAUGCCUAAAAUAAAAAUGCCAUCACUAAAUUUGAAAGGUCCAAAAGUUGAUAUGCCAGAUGUUGACAUUAAUCUGAAAGGUCCUAAGGUUGCAGGGGACGUGGAUGUUAAUCUGCCAAAGAUUAAAGGAGAUCUAAAGGGUCCAGAGGUGGACAUUGAAGGCCCAGAUUUUGACAUUGAGGGUCACAAAGGUGGUUUCAAAAUGCCUAAAUUCAAGAUGCCGUCAUUUGGAAUGAAAGGUCCCAAAGGGGAAGGUCCAGAUGUUGACAUCAACAUCCCCAAGGCAGAUAUUGAUGUGAAAGCACCAGAUGUUGAUAUUGAAGGAGCAGACCUUGACAUUAAGGGACCAAAUGCCAAACUGAAAGGUCCCAAAUUCAACAUGCCAAGCAUAUCUGGACCAAAAAUAUCCAUGCCAGAUGUGGAUUUCAACUUGAAAGGCCCCAAACUCAAAGGUGACAUGGAUGUUUCAAGUCCAAAGAUCAAAGGAGAUAUCAAAUCACCUCAAAUAGACAUCAAAGGUCCAGAAGUUGAUAUUGAAGGACCAAAGGGAGGAUUUGAAAUGCCUAAAAUAAAAAUGCCAUCACUAAAUUUGAAAGGUCCAAAAGUUGAUAUGCCAGAUGUUGACAUUAAUCUGAAAGGUCCUAAGGUUGAAGGGGACGUGGAUGUUAAUCUGCCAAAGAUUAAAGGAGAUCUAAAAGGUCCAGAGGUGGACAUUGAAGGCCCAGAUUUUGACAUUGAGGGUCACAAAGGUGGUUUCAAAAUGCCUAAAUUCAAGAUGCCGUCAUUUGGUAUGAAAGGUCCCAAAGCGGAAGGUCCAGAUGUUGACAUCAACCUCCCCAAGGCAGAUAUUGAUGUGAAAGCACCUGAGGUUGAUAUUGAAGGAGGAGACCUUGACAUUAAGGGACCAAAUGCCAAACUGAAAGGUCCCAAAUUCAACAUGCCAAGCAUAUCUGGACCGAAAAUAUCCAUGCCAGAUGUGGAUUUCAACUUGAAAGGCCCAAAACUCAAAGGUGACAUGGAUGUUUCAGGUCCAAAGAUCAAAGGAGAUAUCAAAUCACCUCAAAUAGACAUCAAAGGUCCAGAAGUUGAUAUUGAAGAACCAAAGGGAGGAUUUGAAAUGCCUAAAAUAAAAAUGCCAUCACUAAAUUUGAAAGGUCCAAAUGUUGAUGUUCCAGAUGUUGACAUUAAUCUGAAAGGUCCUAAGGUUGAAGGGGAUCUGGAUGUUAAUCUGCCAAAGAUUAAAGGAGAUCUAAAAGUUCCAGAGGUGGACAUUGAAGGCCCAGAUUUUGACAUUGAGGGUCACAAAGGUGGUUUCAAAAUGCCUAAAUUCAAGAUGCCGUCAUUUGGUACGAAAGGUCCCAAAGCGGAAGGUCCAGAUGUUGACAUCAACCUCCCCAAGGCAGAUAUUGAUGUGAAAGCACCUGAGGUUGAUAUUGAAGGAGCAGACCUUGAUGUUAAGGGACCAAAUGCCAAACUGAAAGGUCCCAAAUUCAACAUGCCAAGCAUAUCUGGACCAAAAAUAUCCAUGCCAGAUGUGGAUUUCAACUUGAAAGGCCCCAAACUCAAAGGUGACAUGGAUGUUUCAAGUCCAAAGAUCAAAGGAGAUAUCAAAUCACCUCAAAUAGAUAUCAAAGGUCCAGAAGUUGAUAUUGAAGGACCAAAGGGAGGAUUUGAAAUGCCUAAAAUAAAAAUGCCAUCACUAAAUUUGAAAGGUCCAAAAGUUGAUAUGCCAGAUGUUGACAUUAAUCUGAAACGUCCUAAGGUUGAAGGGGACGUGGAUGUUAAUCUGCCAAAGAUCAAAGGAGAUCUAAAGGGUCCAGAGGUGGACAUUGAAGGCCCAGAUUUUGACAUUGAGGGCCACAAAGGUGGUUUCAAAAUGCCUAAAUUCAAGAUGCCGUCAUUUGGAAUGAAAGGUCCCAAAGGGGAAGGUCCAGAUGUUGACAUCAACAUCCCCAAGGCAGAUAUUGAUGUGAAAGCACCAGAUGUUGAUAUUGAAGGAGCAGACCUUGACAUUAAGGGACCAAAUGCCAAACUGAAAGGUCCCAAAUUCAACAUGCCAAGCAUAUCUGGACCAAAAAUAUCCAUGCCAGAUGUGGAUUUCAAUUUGAAAGGCCCAAAACUCAAAGGUGACAUGGAUGUUUCAGGUCCAAAGAUCAAAGGAGAUAUCAAAUCACCUCAAAUAGACAUCAAAGGUCCAGAAGUUGAUAUUGAAGGACCAAAGGGAGGAUUUGAAAUGCCUAAAAUAAAAAUGCCAUCACUAAAUUUGAAAGGUCCAAAUGUUGAUGUUCCAGAUGUUGACAUUAAUCUGAAAGGUCCUAAGGUUGAAGGGGAUCUGGAUGUUAAUGUGCCAAAGAUUAAAGGAGAUAUCAAGGGUCCCGAGGUGGACAUUGAAGGCCCAGAUUUUGACAUUGAGUGUCCCAAAGGUGGAUUGAAAAUGCCUAAAUUCAAGAUCCCCUCAUUUGGCUUAAAAGGUCCCAAAGGGGAAGGUCCAGAUGUUGACAUCAACCUCCCCAAGGCAGAUAUUGAUGUGAAAGCACCAGAUGUUGAUGUCGAAGGAGCAGAUCUUGACAUUAAGGGACCAAAUGCCAAACUGAAAGGUCCCAAAUUCAACAUGCCAAGCAUAUCUGGACCAAAAAUAUCUAUGCCAGAUGUGGAUUUGAACUUGAAAGGCCCCAAACUCAAAGGUGACAUGGAUGUUUCAGGUCCAAAGAUCAAAGGAGAUAUCAAAUCACCUGAAAUUGACAUCAAAGGUGCAACAGUUAAAACCAAUGUUCCAAGUCUUGAUAUUGAUCUAAAGCAUAGUAGUGAACCACCAAAGUUUCCAACGAUACCUGGUUCCAAACCCGCACUACCAAAUGUUGACAUAAAUCUGAAGGGAUCGAAAUUAAAGGGGGAAUUUAAAGGAGAGGGUCAAUUUCCAAAAGCUGAACUGAAAGACAUUGAUGUCUUGGAAGUCACUCCGAAAAAAUCUAAGUUUAAAAUGCCAAAGGUUGGAUUCAAGAGUCCAAAGAUAAAGACCUCAGAACCUGAUAUUAAACUGGAGCAUGGAGAUGUCAACAUUAAAGGAAAGACUGGGAGCCGAGAGGGACUUGAUGUUGACAUUGGUUUGUCUGGUUCAAAAUCUAAAAGUCCCAAAUUUAAGAUCCCAAAAUUUGGCCUCAAGGGCCCAAAAGUUGACAUGCCAGAAGCUGAUCCUUCAAAAUCUGCAAUUGACAUAAAAACCUCAGAUGUCACGUCAGCAGGAGCAGGAUUUGAUGUCGAUAUUCACAGUGGAAAACUUAAAGGAUCAAAAGAUGUGGAUUUAAAUCUGACAGGUCCAAAACUUAAAGGGGAUUUGAAUGUGUCAGUUCCAGAUGUAGAUCUAAACCUGAAAGAAGCCAAUAUAAAAGGUCCAAAGUUUGAAGUUGAGGGACUGAAGGGUGGAUUAGAAAUGCCCAAGAUCAAGAUACCAGCUUUUGGCAUCAAACUACCUCAGCUGGAAAAUUCAAAUGAUACUAUAACCAUUCCAAAUGUUAAUGCUGAUACAGUAACCCCCAAAGUUGACAUUGGUGGAGUUGAUGUUAAAGGCCCCGAGGCAAGUCCCAAUGUUAAACUUCCAUCAGUAUCAGGACCCACCUUGCCAGACUUAAACAUUAAUCUUACAGGGCCAAAAACAAAAGGGAAUGUUAAUGUUAAUCUCCCUGAUACUAAUAUUGAUAUCAAAGUACCAAAGACAGAAAUCAAAGGAGCAGGAAAAAUAACACCACCUGAAGUUGAUAUCAAAGGUCCACAUGUUGAUCUUGGUGGUGGCAAAGAUGGGUUUGAAAUCCCUAAAAUAAAAAUGACAUCACUAGACUUUAAAGGCCCCAAAACAGGGAGUCAAGGUGUUGACAUCAACCUUUCCAAAGCCAAAAUAGAUGUUGAUUCCUCUAAAGUAGACUUUAAAGCACCCAAAGUAAAACUGCCAACUGUAUCAGGCCCCGAAUGGGAUAUUAAUCUGAAAGGUUCAAAUGUUGAAGGAAAAGAAAUUAAUGUUAACCUUCCUAAAACAGACAUUGAAAUUAAAGGACCAAAAUUAUCCAUGUCAGAUGUGGACAUGAAUCUUAAAGCUCCUGAUGUUGACAUCAAGGAUCCCAAGGUUCAUACUGGAGGGCCCAAGGUUGGUUUUAAAAUGUCCAAAGUCACACUCCCAUCAGAAUCAGAAGUUGAUGUAAAUUUUGCAAAAGCUGACUUUAACAUUAAAGCACCUGAAGUAAACAUAAAAGGACCAGAAUUUGAUUCCACUGAAGCAAGUCUUGAUGUCCCUGACAUAGAUGUGAAGGGGAAAAAGGGAAAGUUCAAACUUCCAAAAGUGAAAGGAAAAGCAAGGAAGCAAGAAGCUGAUAUUAAAACACCAGAAGUAGACCAGGGUAUUGACACACCAAAUAUUCAUGUGAAAGGGACAAACACUAAGAAGCCUCUUUUUGGUAAACUUCAUUUCCCUGAUGUAGAACUAGAUAUUAAAUCUCCAAAACUAAAAGGUGAUGGAUCUUUAGCUGAAGGAUUUAAAUCACCCGAUGCAAAUGUAUCAUCUGACAGUGCAAAGAUUUGUUUGGAAGGCCCUGAUGUUAAUGUCAAAGGAGGUCCAGAGAUUAGUGCAAGAACUUCAGGACAAUCAGCUAGUGGCCUUCAGUAUCCAGAGGGUACAAUACUAUUUCCAAAAAUCAAAGUGCCAAAGUUUGGCAUUCUUCAGCCUAAGGUGGAAGGCCAAGAUGUUGCAGGAAAAGGAAAAUCAGAUGCAAUGAUGGGUGGAAAAUUAGACCUGGAAGGUGAAUCUGGAGUCAGUUUGUCAGCUAAGGGAAAGUCAGCCUCACUGGAUCUAUUUAAAAAAUCAAAGCACCGAUCUUCCUCUGCCAGUGAUGAAGGUUCUCUUGGAGCUAGCUCUCCUUCAGCUCUUUCAGGAGCUGAAUGUGGUGACAUUUCAAUAGAUGUAGGAGGAACUAAGGUCAAAGGCAAGAAAGGCAAAUUAAAAUUUGGCACAUUUGGAGGUUUUGGAUCUAAGUCCAAGGGCUCAUACGAAGUAACACUUGGAAACGACAAUGAAGGAGAGAUAGAGGGGAGUACAGAUGCUUCUGUACCUCUGAAAAAAUCUAGAUUGUCGUCCUCCUCAAGCAGUGACAGUGGAUCAAGAGGUGCUUUCAGGCUUCCAAAACUUGAGCUAUCGGUUUCUCCAAAAAAAUAAUAGUAAGAUCAAUUAAACCUUCAUGCACUCAAAUACAAUCUCCUAAUGCAGUACAAGUUUUGAACUUUAGUUCUUUUAAAUUUAAUAGAACAUGCACAAUUAUCUCUGUUUACCUAUGAAUGAUAAUUUUAAAGAAAAUGAAAUAGGAGAGAAUUAGAUUGUUAAAAAAUUCUUCAAACUGUACAUAAGAUAAAUGUAUACUUUUAUUAAUGAAUAUUGUUUUGUACAUAGUCCAGAUUUAUUAAUCUAUUGCAUCACACAAAAUUAUAGGUCAUACGUUUUGUUUCUUCUUUAAAUGAAUGAUUUUUAUUGAAUGGUUGUUACAUAUUCGUAACCAGGGGUCUACUGCAAAGAACAUACAUCACAGUUGUUUCGAAGGAAAAUGCUCUACACACAUUUGAAACACAAUUUUAAUUAGUUUCCAUUUUAGUACGUGUACAAUUAUGUUUUUUUUUUUUCUAAGCUUCAAUAGUAGUCAGUGCAGAUUGUAUUUUUGCAAUGUAAUUUUGACAACCUUCUGAAGAUUCAUAUACUUGUAUAUAGCAUAAUUGCAAGGACAAUCUUUUUGGAAAUUCUUUGAAGUGCUGUGUGUACUUCUGAUUGCUGUCUCUUCAUUUAAGAAAAGUUGUAAUUGCUAAAAUAUUGUGUCACAAUAAAAAUUAAAUUGCUUUGUUUAUUUUAAACUGGUUUCUUAAUCCUGUCAUUUUUACAUUCUAACAGUUAGUAAUCCUUUAUAUUUAAUUUCAUUUUUGACACUUUUUGUUUUGUAUAGACACCUAUUCCGGUCAUGUCACAGUCACAUCUUAAUAUCAUCUGUUUUCAAACAACUUCUUUGCAGGUAGAAAGAUGUAUACCAUUGAUAUUUGAUGGAGAGCAUAAUUUUUUGGAUCCAUGCUUCUGUGUGCAUUCUGCCAACUAAAUGCAAUAAAUGGAUUUAUAGAGAUUA